GUUGCCGCCGUGUGUUCUGCUUGCCCGUUGCCGGCCAUCCUUCUCUUUAACUGCAGACACCAGGUUAUCUGGAAUUAAACGAUUGUCCGCGGCGGCGGUGUUUAUUCCCGCCGCUGCACCUCUGCCGAGUGAUUCAUUCAAUCAGCCGCAUGUUGCUCGCUUUACGGUGUAACGCCGUCGCCUGGAAACACAGCGGCUCCGAGAGGCUGCCGGAGCCGGGAACUUGUCAGAGCACACCGCUACCCACCUCCUCCCUCAGCCUUCGGCCUCAAGCAGUGUCGUAUAAUACGCCAUUCACUGGAGGAUCGUGUGUCUCCAUCACUGACGAGGUUCAAGAAGAAAUGAGGGAAUAAAGAGACCAAACGAAGAAAGAACCAGAUGGGGGACAUUUUAAAUCUGAAAGACUUCCAUCGCAGUUUACUACGUACAGUUUCAGUUGUUCAAAGCCAGGGAGGUUAUGGCAUGAGUCUUUGUUAUCGAAAGGACCCUUAACCACAAUGAUGAAUUAAUUGUAUUUGCUUUAGCGGCAGAGUGCAGCCUUUCUCGUGGAUCUCUGGGGAGGCGUAUGACAAGCCCCGGAGCCCGACUAUAGACUGCGGUGUAUUGACGAGUACCUUAUGGCCAUUCCAGUGUGCAGUACCUCCUGGUCGCUGCCCACAUGGGUUAAUGGGAUAUUCACACGACCAUGACACCUGCUGCAAGUUAUAGGCAGAGCAGUGAUUCGGCGAGGGUGCAGGCAGACAUCACAGGGCAAGGCGAGGCGAAGUCCACGUACACAGAUCAUUGAGUUAUCUUCGGCAGGAACCAAAAAUAAUCCUCAAGGCUGAUGGGUUGCUGGCCUUCAACCAUCAGGAGCUGCGUGCAAAGGGGUUUGGAAGAGGAUAGAAAACCGGGCUCCGGCAUGUCGGAAGUGGUUCAAGAUGCCAAACCCAAGCCCGCUGUGCCCAUGAAACCAUCGGCAGUGGGCUCCCAGCUACUGGGCUACGUGGGAAUUGACACCAUCAUCGAGCAAAUGCGACGGAAGACCAUGAAGACAGGAUUCGAUUUUAAUAUCAUGGUCGUGGGGCAGAGUGGUCUGGGGAAGUCAACUCUGGUGAACACCCUGUUCAAGUCACAAGUUAGUCGGAAAUCCUGCGGUCGAAACCGGGAAGAGAAAGUCCCAAAAACAGUGGAGAUCAAAACAGUUGGACACGUCAUCGAGGAGAAGGGGGUGAAGAUGAAGCUGACAGUGAUUGACACACCUGGAUUCGGAGAUCAGAUCAACAAUGACAACUGCUGGGAGCCAAUUGAGAAGUACAUCAGUGAACAGUACGAGAAGUUCCUGAAGGAGGAGGCGAACAUCUCGAGGAAGAAACGUAUUCCCGACACCCGCGUGCACUGCUGCCUCUACUUCAUCUCCCCCACUGGGCACUCCCUGCGACCCCUGGACAUCGAGUUCAUGAAGCGCCUGGGAAAAAUAAUGAACAUCAUUCCCGUCAUUGCAAAAGCAGACACGAUGACUCUGGAGGAGAGGCACGAUUUCAAACUGAGGGUCCGGAAAGAGCUGGAGGCAAACAAUAUUGAGUUCUACCCGCAGAGGGAAUUUGAUGAAGACAUGGAGGAUAAGAUAGAGAACGACAAGAUCAGGGAAACCAUGCCAUUUGCCAUCGUUGGCAGUGACACCGAAUAUCAAAUAAAUGGGAAACGAGUGUUGGGAAGGAAAACUCCUUGGGGGAUCAUCGAGGUUGAGAACGUCACUCACUGCGAAUUUCCUCUUCUCCGGGAUCUCAUUGUCAGGACCCACCUUCAGGAUCUCAAGGAGGUGACCCACAACAUCUUCUACGAGACUUACCGGGCAAAGCGGCUGAACGAAAACGGGAAUCUCACCAAUGACACGGAGGAGGUGCACGAAAGUAACCUCUGAACCAACAGAGACAAAACCACUCCUCUGCCUCAGAGCCGCGUGGAAAAUCUGACUUUUAUAAAAGGCGUAUUGUAAAGGUACAAAGCAAAGACAAACCUACCACUCAGAGAGAGUGGAGCUCUUCAAAGAUCAGCCCUUGCACAUUUCCGAAGUGUUAUUUUAAGAAUGAACGUAAUGUAUAUUGAAUAGUUUAUUUAAUGUUAAUGUUUCAAUAGUUGUAAAUGAGUUUCAGUAAACCUGCAGGACUGACAGUACUAUUCCCUUUCACUGGAUUUUGCCAGCUUGUGUUUUGUGAGGAAGGCCGGACACGUUCUUCCUUCCUCGUGUUCACUCAAGGGGACACACAGCAGAGCCAAGGUUCACACUGGAGUUUUGAACGAAAAGUUCCAGAUACUGUUUCCAGUCUCACCCCAGUGUGACAACCUAGUUCGCUGAAUGUUCUUGGGCGUUGGAAUCGAUCGCGGUGAACUGUUCCUCUCACUGCUGCUCACACACGUUUUCCAGCGCAAGUCUGAUUAACAACGAGGACCCACAAAACUCAUUUUGAAUUAAUCUCCUGUACGUGUUCCCUAGCCCAGGGAUACAGAGCUGCAAACUCCUGGUGUCCAAACUGAGACCACUUACUGUAAAACCUUUCAGGGAGUUGAAUUUUAAGGAAAGAAUGUCCUUGGGUUGAAAAUACAUUUGUAUUUUCCCCUAUAAGUAUAAAAUAAAAUAUUAAUCAUAUUCAAUUUUGAAAACUGCAUUCAUUCCAUUAAAUACUCGAUAUUGUCUUAAACAGUUUUAUUGCUUCAAGUUUAGCAUUAAGAAGUCAACAGUAACUUAGUGGGGAUUUGGAAAUUAAAUGUCAAGUUCCAUCAGACCUAACUUUAUGAGACAAAUACCCCACCACCAAUUUAGCUCCUUCUGAAACUACCCAGAAAGUAUACUGACACCCGUUUUCACAGUGAAGCAGGAUUCAUCCUGAGAAAGAUUUGGUUCCUCGCUGUGCUCACCAAACCAGCACAAGAGUGAAGCAGGGAGAGUACUCAAUGUUCAUCGGUGUAAACCUGCUGCAGCUAAGGAGUGGAUCUUGUGUAUUGGUGCUUGCAAAGCAGGACGUGGCAUGGUAGGGUUUCCGUGGUAGGUCUCCCAUCUGCUCGAAGGAAAAGAAGGCUGAGUGGUAGUGGGAGGUCCCAGCUCCCCAUGAAGGGAAGACUACAACAGAUGGGGAGCAUCCUUCCAACAGCCUCCAGCAUUUCUCUGUGGCUUGUGGCAAUUUAACUGGAGGCACCAGUGUGAUCAAGUAAACAGUGUGUUUGCCAGACCAUACAGUGGGGAGGGGUGUGUUUCUACCAUAGGCAUCUUCAGCUCCUGUACGCCUGGCACCUACUGACAAACCCCAGCAUCCCAUACUGCCACAACGCCUCCAGCUCCUGUAACUCUCCCAUCCCCUCUGAAUGUCCAGGCUCCGUCUCCCACACCUGUCACCAAGCCCUACACUCCAUCAAACCCCCUUCCACAACACCUUCAGUACUCUUAUCCUCUCCAUUCCUCAAAACCUCCAGCCUCUCCCGCAAUGCCAACACUUUACCCGCAGUGCCUGCCCCACAACCUCCAAACUGUAACCCCCUACCACAUGAACCCCUAUCCCAAUCCCUGCUGCGUCAAACGCCCCCCUUCCCUCUCCCCAAUCCCUGCCACAUCAACCACUCCCUCGCCAACUCCAACCCCUCUCCACCGCCAAUCCAGAUCACUGCUUCCUUCUUGGCAGUGUCCACCCCUACUGUCUCCACUCAGUUUGCUGUUCACUGUGCUGCAUGUUCUGGAACAUUCUUAGCAACAUCUGUAGGUUAAAUCUAGUCAAUUAGCACUUGUGAGUGAUGUGUAUAUAGAGUGGUGUGAAUAAGUGUCAUGUUUCUUUUAUUCUUUCCAAGUGCAUUUGUCCAUAAUACAGUGGCCACAAGUCCUGUGCCUUGGGGCCAGAGAGUUGCCAAUUUUUCCUAAUUUCUCUGUACUUCCCUUGAAGGUGUUUUUCCAUGUUGAUUUUUCUUCCCAAUCUUCACCCCAGUGGACUUGAAAUAUCACAGUUUCAUCUGAAUCUAAUGUCCUAUACAAUCUCCCACACAGGCUCAUAUCUGUACAGGGAUCUGUGACUCCAUGCCUUCUUGAUUUCCAGCUGAAGUAUAGUUAGUGUAGGCUGCAAAAACCCAGUGAAGAUUGAGGAUUGGACCUUGGAUAGUUUGUUGCAUUGACUCAGAACCUGGGAUAUCCAGGUGGGAGCAGGAGCAAGCAUUCUGAUUUCAGCAGCAGUUAACAAUUUGUCUCAAGACUUGUCUGGAAACAAAUAGUUCUGUUUCAAGUACGUGGGAGGGUGUGUUGCAGGCACUGGAUUCUGAGAGGGAGGGAGAGUCACAUGACUCUUGAUUGAGAUCAAUACCAUUUCCAAUAUUCCCAUUCCAAUCUUUCAUCUAGUGAACCUUCACUAGAAGUGAAUCAAGUAUUGGGAAUUUUCUAGUUAAGUUCCACAAAUGUUUGGGAGAUUGAUGACAUUGUGCAGAGGGUAGAGAGAUAACAGAGGCCUUGAUGAAUCGUAUGCCACUUAGACAACCACACACGUAGAAGGAAGGGUCUGUUCUUUAUCAGAUCUUCCCACUACCUGCAUUGUUCAAAAUGAGCUAGGUUUGUAACAACUGUCACUGGGCUUUGGAGAACACAAUCCUCCAACAACAGCAAUGUUUGUAGGUUAAUUGGCCACUGUACACUUACCCGUGAGUUGGUGGGUGGUAAAAUAUGAGGGGAGUUAAUGGGAAUGUGGGGAGAAUAUCAUGGAAUUGGUGUGAAUGGGUGUUUGAUUAUCAGCAUUGAUUUGGUGAGCCAAAGAGCCUGUUUCAGUCCUAUCUGACUUCAGAAAUGGGGCUCACUUGGGUGUGCUCCAACCAUGCUGAAAGAGUGUUUGAUAGUGCCAAGGGUGGUAGAAAUCAUCUGAAUGUCCCCCUGCUGAAACUGUAUGUUAGGCCAAUAUUAGACAUUAGAUUCUGUAUUGAUAAAAAGUUUAUUCUAAAUUAUGUGUUAGUGAUUGUGGUAAAGAAUUGAUCGAUAUAUUUAGACUGAUUACAUUUAUUACACUGCACUUUAUCUGCAAAUUACUUGAUGAGUGAGACAAGCUAAGGAAAAGUUUUUCUUUAGAUGUUGUACUUGUGGGUUAUUAAAUAUUACAAGAGGUUGAAUUACAACAGAGAUUCCCAACCUUUUCCAUGCUGUGGACCAAUGCCAUCAAGCAAGGGGUCCGUGGACCCCAGGUCAGGAACCUCUGAAUUAAAACAUCGAAGUUUCAAGUAGAUUUAUUAUCAAAGUAUGUAUAAGUUAUACAACCUUGAGGUUCAUCUGCUUACAGGCAGCCACAAAACAAGAAACCCGAAAGAACCCAAUUUUAAAAAAGACCAACACCCAUUGUGCAGAGAGAAAGAAAAAAAAAAUCAUGCAAACAAUAAAGCAAGCAUUAAAUUCAGAACAAAAUUGAGUCCAUACACACGAAGCUCAGAGUAGGUCCAUAGCCUUAGUCUCAGUUCAUCACAAAUCGCAGUGAAGCUCACAAACGUUUGGUCUAACCAAGUUAUUUAGUUUCAUAUGCUGCCUCCUGAUACCCAACUCCAUCUCAUCCUAUCAACAGCCUCCAGAUUACAUUCUGCUUCAUGGACUAAUCCAGCUUUCCUAUAAUGCACUUACACUAUUUGCCUCAAUCACUUCAGAUUCUCCAACUCUAUAAAGUCUCUGAUAUUGUAGGGUGCUCUACCCAGUUUCCAACUUCCGUCCUCUAGGCCAGGGGUUCCCAACAUUUUUUUAUGCCAUGGACCCCUACUGUUAACCAAGCCGUCUGUGGACCCCAGGUUGGGAACCCCUGCUCUAGGCUGUAGUCUUACUUGUUGAAAAAGUUUUGGGUUUGGAGUUGUUUAUCCAGAAAUUGUUUAUCACAGAAUCUUAGAAAGUUAUAGCACAGAAACAGACCCUUCAGCCCAACUUGUCCAUGCCAUCCGUGAUGCCUAUCGACACUAGUUUCCAUUUGCCCACACUAGUCCCAUAUCCCUCUACUCCUUCCCUAUCCAACUACCUGGCCAAAUGUCUUUAAACAUUGUUAGUGAAUCUGUCUUCCCCCCCCCCCCCCCAAUCUCCUCUGGCAGCUCAUUUCAGAUAUUUGCCACCCUCUGUGGGGAGAGAUCUGCCCUUCAGAGCUUCUCUCCUUAAACCUAUGUCCUCUAGUUCUAGAAUCCCAUGACUUCAGAAAAGGAUUUUAAUUAAUUAUCUUUUCCCUCAUAAUGUUAUAACCCUCUUUAAGGGCGACCCUUGAUCUCCUACACUCUAAUAAAAAUAAACCCAGUUUAUCCAAUCUCUCCGAAUAACGACCGUCCCUUCAUUUCACACGACAUCCUGGUGAAUCUCUUCUGCACCCUAUUUCCACCACAUCCUUCCUGUAGAGUGGCCACCAGAACUGUAUACAAUACUCAGCGCAAUAUCCCACACAGCCCUCAGCAACGUUCUGUGGACCAUUAUUCUAUAGGUUUAUUGAGUAUGCCCACAAGUAAAUGAAACCGUGUUCUUUAUUAAUAAAAUUUACUUUGAACUUUGAAUUAAAAGUGCAACUAACCAAUGUUUUCUACAACUGCAUUAUGACAUGCCAACUCUUACACUCAAUGCCUUGGCCAUGAAGGUAAGUAUAGCACAUCCCUUUUUCUCAAUCCCAUCCACGUAUCACAACUUUCAGGGAGUUAUAGACCUGCACCCCAAGGUCUCUCCCUACGUCAAUGUGCCUAAGCCCCCUGUCAUUUACUCAGUGCCCCUAAAAUUUCUGGCAGGUUCUUCUUAAGACUUCUCAAUGUUUAUUUAAUAGUUUUAGUGUAGUUAGGAUCGGGUCCAAAGGUGCUGAAUGAGGAGCAGAUAUCUUCUUGGGAGGUAUCAUUAGUGUCACCUCGAGACAGGAGAAGUGACUUCCACAGGAAGGACAUUCUACCUGUUGAGUGAUUUGUAGAGGAAAUGGUCCAAGGUUUAGGAAGGAUCAAAGAGCAGCAGUUUCAGAAGAGAGGUACAGAGGCUUGAACUGGCCUUGGGGUGUCGUCAGGUGUCGGGAAGACAAGUUGUUCUUAAAGUGCCCUCUGAUAAUAUAGACUGUCCUGGGCCGUGCAAAGUGGGUUGAGGAGCUCUUCAGAUUUUAUGGAAUCAUAAUGUUGGAACAAAGAGCUUCCCAUCUAUUGAAUGCCAACCUGGGUAAGGCAUCUCCAUGUUGAGAAGCAUUUCUUUAUAGACGGGACUGGAAGAAACGUGCUGAGUGGCACUAAUGAAUGAGACUUAUGUUCAAGUGGGAGGUCGUUGGGUAAGACAAAUACAGUACAAUCCGAGUUCAAUCCUGACCUCUGAUGCAGGGUGCACACGUUCUCUCUGUGACUGUACAGUAUGUGGGCUGGUAGGUUAACUGGCCCUAGAGUGUACAUUUUCUCACUGUGACCGUACAAUGUGUUGGCUGGUAGGUUAAUUAGCCCUAGAAUGUGGUCAAGUCUGGAUGGAGUUGAUGGGGCAGUGCAAAGUGUAAAAUUGCAUUAGAUUAGCACCAGUGUAAAUGGGUGGUCAACACAGAUUUGAUAGAUCGAAUACAUCUGUUUGGUCUUGCAGACCCCAUAACAAAUUAAUUCUACAUAUGUCUUCAUAGCGACUAACAAGUUAAAUCAGGGGUCCCCAACCUUUUUUGCACUGCGGACCGGUUUAAUACUGACGAUAUUCUUGCGGACCGGCUGACGGGGGUCGGGGGGAGGUGGGUGGUGUUCAGGUUCAACAGUGCGUGACAGCGAAUGAGGAAAGGUGUAGCUGACUCAUAUCGUUUCAUAUCGCCAAAUCAUAUUGUUUCCUAGCAUCCCGGUAGCACAUGCUUUGCAGCCCGGUGGUUGGGGAUCACUGGGCUAAAUACUUUAAAGUUCAAAGUAAAUUUUUUAUUAAAGCGCAUAUAUGUCACCAUAUACAACCCUGAGGUUCAUUUUCUUGCAGGCAUAUCCAAUAAAUCCAUAAUGGAAUAAUAAUUAUAACGAUCAAUGAGAGGCCACACUAGUGUGGUUGUUCAACCAGUGUACAAAAGACAACAAACUGUCCAAAUACAAAAAACAGCAAUAAAUAUCGAGAACAUGAGAUGAGGAAUCCUUGAAAAUGGGUCCAUAGGCUGAGGGAGCAUUUCAAUGAUAGGAUGAGUGAAGUUAUUUCCCUUUGGUUCAAAAGCCUGAAGAUUGAGGGCUAGUAACUGUUCCUGAACCUGGUGGUGAGAGUCCUGAGGCUCCUGUACCACCUUCCUGAUGGCGGCAGUGAGAAGAGAGCAUGUCCUGGGUGGUGGGGGUCCCUGAUGAUGGAUGCUGCUUUCCAGCGACAGUGCUUAAUGCAGAUGUGCUCAGUGUAGGGGAGGACUGGGCUGUAUCCACUACUUUUUGUAGGAUUUUCCAUUCAAGGGCAUUAGUAUUUCAAUACCAGGCUGUGAUGAAGCCAGUCAAUAUACUCUCCACCACACAUCUAUAGAGAUUUGUCAAAGUUUUAGCUGUCAUGCAGAAUCUUUGCAAACUUGUAAAGAGGUAGAGGUGCUACUGUGCUUUCUUCAUAAUUGUACUUCCGAUAUUUCCACCAUUCUCAAAUUUUAUUUCUGAUUUCUGGUGUUUUGCUUUUGGUUCUCCGCUGUGCUUCCAGUAUUGUGUAAGUUACAGUUUCCUUUUAAUCACAAAUCUUCCAUUGAGAUAUUCUGCUCCUUCAGCUUUCCGGAUAACAUGUCACACCAUGGUCUAUAAUCAACUCACACGCUGAGGUCAGAGGGAGAAAUUUUACUUAGUUAUACACCAGUAUCCUCCUCCAUUCAUUGGCGUCUCCUGAGCCCCUACUGCUGUGCCAUUAGCAGCAACGGAUGUCCAUUCCCUCAUCUUCCACCCCUUCCCACUUUGUAAACCAAUCCUUCAAGCUCCAUCCAUAACCAAGCUUCUCAUCCCCUCCUAAUUCUCCCUUUAGCUUCUAUUCUGAUUUUCCUUGUGUCUCUGUGAAGCUUUUUUACAUUAGUGUCAGUUUAUUAAUGCAAACAUUAAUUAUUAGAUCCUUAAAUGGGCAUAAUUCAGAGUGGUGAAGUUAUAGCACAUAUCCGCCCUUUUGCCAAAAUUAAAAUUUUAGGUUAAGGAAGUUGCUGCUUUAGGUCACAGUAACCCUCUCGUGAAUAUAUCCCGCAUUCUUUUCUGCUUAAUGACCUUCUUCCUACAACUUGGUGACUGGAAAUGUACACAAUUGUGCUGCUGUAGAAACUUGACCUUCACCCAUAUCACUUACUCCAACACUGCCUCAUUGCACUUUAAUGUCCCUGCUUUGUUUGGUUUUUUUUGAGAUAAUAAAUCAGAAAAUUGGAUGGAAGUAUUUGAUUUGAUUUCCCUCCCAGACAGUUUAAAAAGUCAAGGUCAUAUUCAAAAUUAAAAUCAUGAAGGAAAACCCAACAGAUGAUAGUUAACACCGUGUUUGAAUUGGGAAGUACUGAGAGAGGAGGACGUGGGGGGUAAGUGGUUCAGUAGUGGAACGGAGUAAUAGCCAAGUGGAAAGUCACCAAGUUAUGAGAAGAAUGUCAUUAAGCUGGAAAGGAUGCAGGAAUGAUUCAUGAGGAUCUUACUGGGACUGGACAGCUUGAGUUACACUGGAAGUGUGGAUAAGCUGUGACUUUUUAUCCCUAGAGUGAAGGAGGCUAAAGGUUUGCAUUAUAGAGACGUGUAAAGUAGUGAGGGGCACAGACAAGGUGGAUGGUCACAGUACAGAGGAGACUGAAACUAGAUUUAAGGUGAGAGUGGGAAGAUUUGAAAGAGAGCUGAGGGGAAAAUUUUUCAUGCAGAGGGUGGUAGGUAUAUGGAGUGCGUUGCCAGAGGGAGCUGUAGAGAUGGGCACAAUUCAAUAUUUAAAAGAUAUUUAGACAGGUACAUAGAUAGAAAGAGCCUAGUGAGAUAGAGGCCAAAUGCAGGCAUCGGGAACUAGCACAGUAUGACAUCUUGGUCAGUUUGGAUGAGCUGGGUCGAUGGGCUGUUUCCAUCUUGUCAACUCUAUGGGUCUUUGACAAUUGGGAUAUUUGUGUGACUAUGUGGCAAGGCUUGGUGAGGUGGACAAAUGUAGGCGUGGGAUUAUGUUAUGAUAUACAAAACCUGAUAUGUAUAAGUGGGAAGGCAACAACCAUUGUUCAAAGGAGAAAGGGCCUGGCCCUACAUUUAUGAAGUGUGAUCUCCACUUUGAAUAGGUUUACGUCAGUAUCAUUCAGGGUAAAGUUUAUACAAAGCUAUUGAAAGAGAUAUUGGAAAGGAUGACUAAAGUGUGAUCAAUGUGAUGGAUUUUAAGAAAAGUCUUAGAAAGGAGAAGAGAUGAAGUGAGUUUGAAAGAGAAGUCCAGAUUUGAUUAGAUCAUGAGGUAGGACAUUGUUAUAAGGAGGAGAAGGUCAUAGUAAAUGAAAGUGGGACUGUAACAUUAAGAUAGUAUUAAAUGAUAUAAUUGUGAGACUAAUUAUGAAGGCCGCGCUUUGUACAUACUGUAUGGGGUCUGGCUUUAAACUUGACACUCCAAAGGUUGAGGCUAUUGUAAACUGUGUUUAAGUUUGGUACAAGAUUUCCUUGGGUGAGGUUUGAGUUUGGUACUAAAGGUUGGUGAAAAAUGUUGUUAAAAAGUGUUUAGCAAGGCCAAAAUACAUUUGGGGUUAGUACGAAAUGUCUUCGGGUGGAGCAGCACUAUUUGACUGAUAGGGAGUCCUCCAUGUGACAUUUAUUCUGGUGGGUAUUUUUGUCACAAGGCUGGGCCUUCAGUUACUUUUGUUUUAAUUCAGAUUUCAUGAACUCAACGUUCCCAAUGUUUGUACUCAUCUACUUGAGUUCACUUUUACGAAUCUUGUCUUCGGACACCCACACUAGGGUCUGCUGAUGGAUGGCAACAUGGUAGACUUUAAAUUACAAACAGUAAAAGGUCCCUAACACACAUGGGACCUGUGUCUUCCGAUCUUCAGAUCUGUCUGAGUUCUUGAAACCAGUUGUAUGAGCUCUCCUUGUCUUCAAUCCUUGGGUUCUGAUGAGAUGCUUUAUUAUAGCUUCUAAUUGUACAAUCAAUGACUGACCAGAGGUGGGUCUGGUAAAGAUGGGGAUCACAAAUUAUAAAGCGAUUAGAUGUGUAUUUUCAUUAAAGUAAACAGUGGUGAGUUAGUAAUAGAUUAUUCUUCACAUAUUCAAAUAGUUUACCAUUACCAGUAGUAAUUAAAAGUGUUAGUUAUGUCGAGUACAAUCUGCUAGGUCCUGGUCAUCUCAACUAACCACAAACGGGUUGGGAGAGACCUCUAGUUUCAUUUGGAGUAUGGCCAGUUUUAAGACUGUGAAAUAAGAGCAGGAAUAGGGGAUUGGAGCCUGAUGAAUCCUGCAGUCACUCAAUGAGAUUUCAGCCAAACCAGUAUUCUGGUGCACUUCCUUGCCUGAUCCCUAUGUCUCAAGAUUCUUUCCGUGUCCAAAAAUAUAUCAAUAUUAGUCUUGAGUGGAUGCAACCAUUCAGAAUGGCCAGGAAACAUCGAGAACUGAUUGCUCUCAUCCUCAAGGGAGGUCAUUUGAGAAUUCUGCAGUGGAACCUCUGACCUCGUCAGUUUCUCACAGGAAUUCUGCCCAGGAGCCACUGACCUCAGUAGCCUCUCACUUUCAAUAUUCCAUUUCACCAGUCCAUUGGGACAAGAAAACAUGUCCUCUCAUGGCAGUAAUCGGUGGAGAGUGACCCUCUCCCAUAAAUCAUCAGAAAAUUUAUCACAGACAAAAUUCAACCCAUUCCCGUCAGACAUAGUAGUUAAUGAACCCUUGUUCCUGAGCUGAUUUACGGAAAAGCCACAGACAUUAACCAGAAAUAUAUCUGCAAACUUUUUUUAUUCAUUCCAAGGUGUCAACAUCAUCACAAGACUAGCAUUCUGUUCCCCAUCUCUAACUAUCCCUAAAACUGAGUGUGUUGCUAGGACAACAAUUACAGAUGACAGGGUCACCCACCUAGUUAACAUGGGAGCAGCUGUCCCUCUGUAAAGGAUGUCAGUGAACUAAUGGGGUUUUACAACAAUCUAAUAGAUUAAUGCUCCCUUACUGACCUUAGCUCUACACUCUGAAUUUAUUUAAUUAAGUAACUGAAUUUACAUUUUCUGAUUGUCGCGGUGGGAUUUCAACUCAUGCUCUGGGGCCAGUACCCAGACCUCCCAAUUAGGAGCUUUGUAACACUAGCAUUAUGGAACCUAACCCAAUCCUGUUUCCUGUACAAAUGGGAUUGAAUGGGAGGUAACUGGGAUCCUGGGCACUCUCAGAAUUAUCUAGAGACCAGAAUCCUAUUGAGAAUGGGCCAAAAGUGAAGUAAGGCAGCGAGGGGCCAAGGGCAAAUCUCAUGUUUACGUCAGACACUGCCUGUCUCCUCAACAGAACCAGGUUAGUGUGUCUAAUUCUCUAGCCCUGCCAUAACUGAAAUCCCCUUCCCUGUUACAUUGUGCUCCUGAUUUAAUAUUGUUGACCAUCAUUGAUGUUCUCUCUAGAUAUUGAAAUAUCACAUUUGCCAAGCUUGUGUUCUGAGUAUUUCCGAAAGAUACUUAGUAUAUGAAAUAAGAAAUGUUGUACAGUUGUUGUAUGUCCCUGUUUAUUCUUAUUUGUAAAACAAAAUGAUGCAUUUAUCAUGGAUGUGUUUUCAAUGUGGACACAAGUACUUCUUGUGCUGUCGGUGGUAGAGUGGAUUGUCCAGAUAUUGUUUAAGAUCUAUUGACUUUCUGCAAUAAAAUAACACAAAUAAACUGCCACAAAAUCAUCUACAGGAUGUGGUUUGCUUUGGUCGAAAUAAUUGGCAAUUCUGAAGCAUCUGUAAAAUGGGUGUCAUUCCCUGCUGACCUGCAUCUACAAUAAGCUGACAACUGAAUUACCUGUGCCUCCGCUGUGUCGAAAUCUUGUCUGGGGAUUUCCAGCAAAUGGUAACGAGAACUGGAAUUCCUUACUCUGUGAUGAAGUUCCUUGAGGUUAAGAGAUUGCAGUAAUUUUAAAGUACCCUGUCACCACCUCUCUCUCCAUUUGAACCUUGUGUAAACUCAUCAUAGUCUGCUGACAAUCUAAUCAGACACCACUUCUGGUGAUGGACUUGGUUCACAUCUGUUCCUGGCAGCAGUGCUUUUGUGGUGAGAGAUCGUCCUUUGAAGGUAAACCUCCACUCCCAUAACUAACAGAAAUCUGAUGUAACAGUUUCACAUUGCCCUCCACUGCAGGCCAAGGCACCAGUGUUCAGCUCUUUUUUCUCUUUUUCCUGUCUGAGCCAUUUGAUGCAGCUGUAAAUGUCACCAGGUUAUUACUUUGAAUUGAAUUUCAGGCAACUAAAUACAAUAGAGCAGUUACAUUGAAUUAUUAUUUUUCAAUAAAAUGUCAGGUGAAAGAGGGGAGAGUUCAGUGAAAUUAACAAACACAAGAGGAUACAUUUUAGUUAGUGAAAAUAAAUUAGUAAGAUUUUCAUCACUGAACCAAACUUGUAGGACACUGAUAUUUACACAUUAUAAAUUUUGUCCUGCAGUAUUUUACACAUUAUAUAGGAAUUCUACUUGGAGCACUUUGCUCUAACUAAGUUGAUUCUGCAUUUAACCUUUUCCCAGCAAUCUGUACCAUCAGAGUCUCAUUCCUUCAUUCUCCAUUUAACAGUACUCUUUCUUCCCAAUAAGUCUGAAUGGCAUUGAAUGCGAUCUUCAUUUAUGGUAUUUGCGCCAUUUAGAUUUAAGUAGGACACCCACAUGGUUAUUACACUGUGCUGGUUAAUAGUCAAUGCAUACCUGAUUCAAUUUGUACUUGAAGGUGGGACGUGACAUUCCUACUGAGACUCAGACAACUUAUUUUCUCUGCCAUAAGCACAAGGUUGGGAACAUCAUUGGCUCCUCGUGUCUAGUACGUCCGAGCUCCUAACUCACAGGACAUUGUCCACAAACACAAAGCAAGUGCAUUUUUCAAGGAAAAACUUGAUCCACAUUUUCCAUGCAAUGUUCCUCUUGGCUCGUUUUGAUUUUAGGAAUGAUCUGGUGUUUGUGUCUGGGGGAAAUUCAACUGUUUAAAGCACUUUUGAUGACCACAGGCUGCAUUUUCUGAUUAUAUCCAUUAGUCUC